AUGACUGUCAGCUCAAUUAAAGCCAGUGUCCUGUAUAAGGAGCAUGAAAUUGGUCUCGAAACUAGAGAUAUCGAAGCCCCUGGUACUGGUGAAGUCCAGGUUCAAGUAAAGUGCACAACUCUUUGCGGAUCUGAUUUACAUUACUAUAAGCAUGGUAGAAAUGGAGAUUUUAAGGUUCGUCAACCACUUUCUUUAGGACAUGAAUCAGCUGGUAUCGUGACAGCAGUGGGACCAAAUGUUACAAAUCUCAAGGUCGGUGACAAAGUCGCUCUUGAAGUUGGUCAACCAUGUGGUGAUUGUAAAUUUUGCAAGAGUGGUAAAUAUAACCUUUGUGGAAAUAUGAAGUUCAGAUCAAGUGCCAAAUCAUUCCCCCAUUUCCAAGGAACUUUGCAGGAGAGAAUCAACUGCUCGGCGUCAUGGUGUUAUAAGUUACCUGAAUCCAUUCCUCUUGAACAGGGUGCAUUAUUAGAACCUCUUGCAGUCGCCCUUAAUGCCGGAACUAAAGCCCGAGUUUUCCCCGGUGCAUCUGUUUUAAUUAUUGGUGCUGGUGCUAUUGGCUUGCUCUGUGCUGCUGUCGCCAAGAUCAGUGGUGCUACGACUAUCGUGAUUUACGACAUCUCCCAGAAGAGAGUUGAUUUUGCUCUUGAGAAUGGAUUAGCAACUCACGGCCAUGUUGUUAUUCCUAAGAGAGGUGAAACUAUCGAAGAGAAGCUUGAAAUUGCACAAACCAUUGCUGAUGACCUACUAAGCAUUAAUCCUGACAAGGGAGUUCCAUUUGACAUCACAUUCGAAUGUACCGGUGUUGAGCAAGGUGUUCAAGCUGGUCUUUAUGCCACCAUUGCUGGUGGACGCUUUGUGUUUGUUGGAAUGGGCACUCCUAUUCAAACUUUGCACCUGGGACCUGCCUUAAUAAAAGAAAUCAACAUGAUCGGAGUCUUCCGAUACGCCAAUAAUUAUGCUGCCGGUGUCAAGCUUCUAGAGGCUGGGGCCAUUCCCGCUAUUGACAAAAUCAUUACCCAUAAAGUGAAGGGUCUUGAAAACGUCACUGAGGCAUUUGAUAUUGCCUCGAAACCACAGGAUAGCGAUGGCAACCUUGUCAUUAAAGUGGCUAUUUUUGCGUAA